AUGGAUACUCCAAAUUUAAAUACUGCUACCACCACUCAACUUACUGGUAUGAAAGGAAUAGGAAAUGAGUAUGCUCAAAGAAUAUUAGGCAAAUGCCCAUUUAGAGAUUUAGAUGAUUGUGAAUCUAGAACAAAAAUCCCCCGGACAUUACUUGAACAGUUUCAUAUCAAUAACUCGGGUAAUUUUUAUCAAUAA